UUAAGCUGUUCCCGCACCCGUAAGCCGCAGAGGCUCCCGGCCUUCCCCUGCCGCGGGCCCACCACCAACCCAGUAUCUCCGGCCUGCUCCCGCGGCGCCUCCAACUUGCUCGGUCCUCCUCCUCCCCCGGUCCUGUGGCCUCUGCGGUCCUCCAGUAACAGCCGGCUCAGCUCGUGCUCGAGGAAACUGGACCGGGGCCUGACUGCUGUCCAGCAUCCUUCCCGAGGGCGCAGCUUGAGGGAAGGAAGCACUCCCCUCCCCCCCCCCCCAACCAAGCCCCCGAGAACAGAGCCCCGUGGAGGACGCGGCAGGAGGACGAGGGAUGCGGGCAGACGCAGAGAGAUGCGGUGAGGAAGGAAGCAGUGCCUAGAUCUCAGGCUAGAAGGUUCAGUGCUUCAGCCAAGCAAGGCCCAGGGCCCUCCUGAGGACUGAAGGAUUGGACAGAGGACAAGCUCACUGCCAUCUCCCAUCAUUUGUAUCCAGGCAAAAAGCGAAGCUUUUAGGCCAGCCUUCCUGAACUGGAGGGGGUGUGGCAUGCAUUAAAAUUAAACAUCAAUGACCUGAGAAGCUUAUAAAAUAGCUUGGGAGAAGCCAGUCACCAAGAGAAGGCAUCUCAAAUUGGAUGAUUUUGCAUGUGGAAACUGCUUUCAUCUUGAUAAAAAAGGUCCACCUCCAGCCACCCAGCUCCAAGAUGGUCCCAGCUCUGCUGCUGCUGCUUCCUGCCCUGGCUGGACUCUUCGGAGCAGCUGAGGGACAAGCUUUCCAUCUCGGGAAAUGCCCAAAUCCUCCAGUGCAGGAGAACUUCGACGUGAAUAAGUAUCUUGGAAGAUGGUAUGAAAUUGAGAAGAUCCCAGUGAGCUUUGAGAAGGGAAGUUGCAUCCAAGCCAACUACUCACUAAUGGAAAACGGAAACAUCAAAGUGAUAAACAAGGAGCUGAGAGCUGAUGGAACUGUGAAUCAAAUUGAAGGUGAAGCCACCCAGGAGAACAUCACGGAGCCCGCCAAGUUGGGAGUUAAGUUUUUCUGGUUUAUGCCAUCAGCUCCAUACUGGGUCCUGGCCACCGACUAUGAGAACUACGCCCUCGUGUACUCCUGUACCACAAUCAUCUGGCUUUUUCACAUGGAUCAUGUUUGGCUCUUGGGAAGAAACCCUUAUCUCCCUCCAGAAACAGUGACCUAUCUCAAAGAUAUCCUGACCGCUAAUGACAUUGACAUUGAGAAAAUAACUGUCACAGAUCAGGUGAACUGCCCCGAGUUCCUAUAACCAGGCUCUAAAGGGAGGCUGCAUUCACUCCAUGUUCCUUCUUUUGCUUUGCUUUUCCCCUACACCACCCCUCAUAAAGACAAACCAAACCACCGCAGCAAACUAUUACAAAUACCAGAAGGGAAAUGUGACAGCAGAAGCUAGUGGAGAGAACUCAAGGCAAGUUGGCCCAAACACUUAGCCAUGCACCAUCCUGUUACCUUGCAAGCCUGAUAAUAAACUUGCUGCUGACCUGCUGUGCUCACAGUAGACUACAAAUUGGACUAAUUAUUGGGAGUUUUUAAUUCUAAGCUUAUGUUUGGAAAUCCUUAAGCAGUUAUGUUGAAAAAAAAAAAAAGAAGCACUGAACAGUUUAAAGGUAACAGUCUUGUUUCUAGAAAGGGAAAGCUGAUGGCAAAGGCACAUACCAGGUGACCUGAAUCCAGGUGGCCCCAUCCUGCAGUAGGCAGUCCAUAGCGGGGAAUCAUUUGGAGUUUUUGAGUCUCUGACAGGCAGUUUCCUGGAAGCAUUUACUUUCUUAUCAGGAGGUCUUCAGAGUCAGGUGAAGAAUGGGACCAUCUUGGGUCUGUGCAAGGAAGAAAAUCUAUGAGGGUGAAGCUAUGGGAAUUUUUUUAAGAAAAUAAUUUUGGGGCCUUUUAUUCAACUGAUAUUUACUGGGACCCAACUGCAUUCCAGGCAUUGAAAAAUACAGAAUCCCUCUCCUCCCACAGCAGCUCACAGACUAGGGAGGGAGAUUGACAAGUAAAGACACAAUUUUAAUCCAAGCUGAGGGGUCCAUAGGCAGAGGCAUGUGGAGGGAGCCAUGGGAGCUCCGAGAAGGUCUCAUCCCCUGCCAGGCAUAGGUACCCACAAGGUUGUACAGUCACAUCUCAGAGUGUCCCAGCUUCAAGGAGUCAGGAACAACCAGGAGUUUGUUGUUGUUGUUGUUUUUUACAUUUUACUAUUAAAAUCAGAACAAUCUCAAAAUCAUCACCCUGCGAUUACUCUUAGGUCACAUAACAUUUGUAAUCCACUAAUGUUUUGGGAAAUGAAUAGAAAAUAUAGCCAUUUGAUUAGCUUUUUGCAAUUUCAGCAUGAAUAUAAAAUAUUUCCUUGAGCACUUGAGACGCUUCACUGCUUUAUAUUAAA